UUUUAGGCUUCUACUGAUAAUGGAGAGUAGAAACAACAAGAAGUGCGUUAUUUGUAAUAAGAGGCGAAGUCGUGGUGGAUCACCCUUACUUUUGAGUAGGUUUCCUCUGGAUUCUGACCGUUGUCGAAUGUGGGUUAAAAAUGCUGGCAUAGAAGACUUAGCAUAUGUACCUAUUGAAAAGUUACACCAACUGAAGUUUGUUUGUGGUGGGCACUUCACUCCUGAAUCCUUCAAUGCCAAAGGAACUCGGCUGAAGAACUCAGCUAUUCCAACACUGGAAUUGAGCAAUCCCAUCUUGCCAGAUGAAGUUUUGACAGAGUUUCCUCUUCAUGUAAAAGACUCCAAUAAAGAAAACCUCAAGACAGUUCUUUAUGAUCAUUCAUAUUGCAUUCCAAAGAAGUCAAAUCCAGUUGAACGAGUUCCCCUUACAACUACAACCAAACAACUAAAUUCAACAUGUUUGGGAGCUGUGGAUAUACCAGAUUCUGGUAUUUCUGCGAAAACAACUUUUGAACCUCUUCCUUCUACUUCCAAUGCACCAGAACAUAUGACCUAUAAACCCAUUACUCAUGAUGAUAAAAACAUUUGCCAUCAAGAUGCACAGGCAGAAAUAUUAGUCCACAGUUAUAAAAGACCUAAGAAAAACAUUGAAAUGAAAGGUAAGAUAAAACAUCCUAAUUUAAAAAACUAAGUAAAAUUGCUGAUUAAUUAACCAAUAUUCAAUUCAAUUUGCUUUAAUGUUGUUUUUUUUAC